AUGGUGUUCAAUCUCCGAUCCUUCAGUUUUACCGAUUCCAUUGAAGAUGAUCCCCCACCACCUCCUAGAGGCUUCUCUCUAAAGGAACUUCGAGUCGCCACACACAACUUUAGCAGAGACAACUUCUUUGGCCGAAGGUGGAUUUGGCAAGGUUUACCGGGGGCACCUGGCCGAUGGUUCUCAGUGGCAGUAAAAAGAGCUCGCACAGUCGAUCAAUGUUGCAAGGAGCAGUUCGAAACAGAAGUUCAAGUGGGACGCUCAGUUUCAACGCACCCAAAUGUGCUACGGCUGAGGGGCUUUUGCAGGACCAAGAAAGAGCUUUUAUUGGUCUAUCCCUUGAUAAUCAACAAUAGCCUAUCUUACAAUCUUACAGAAAGACCAGAUCGAUUUGCUCACCCGCUCAAUUGGACCACUCGCAAGCAAAUAGCCUUGGGAGCAGCAAGGGGACUUGCACACCUUCACGAUCAAGGUAACAUCAAGAUCAUGCAUCGGAACAUCUGCGUGGCGAGCAUACUGCUGAAUGUGCAAUUUGAGGCCGUGAUAGGAAGUUUCUGCAUGCCAUGA